AUGGCCAACACCCAGCAUAUCCUCAUCACAGGUGCCGGCGGUUUCAUCGGACAAGAGAUCAUAGGUCCUCUCCUAGAAUCAUCACCCGACAUCCAUGUUACCAUCACAGACAUUGCUGAACCACCUGUUCCCGCGCCAUAUUCAACGCGUGUCACUUCUCUCGCAGCAGACCUGACCAAUCCCACUGUCGUGGACCAACUUAUCGAUUCGCAGCGCUUUCAGGCAGUGUACCUCUUCCAUGGUCUCAUGUCAGGCGGCUCAGAAGCCAAUCUCGAUCUCGGUCUUAAGGUCAACGUUGAUUCAGUGCGACACGUCCUCGACGCGCUGAGGAAUAAACUUCCCGGGGUCAAGGUUGUCUUUUCGAGCUCCUGUGCUGUGUAUGGACCCGAGGACGGCUAUGUUACAGAGAAGACGCUUCCGCAGCCGAGAUCAUCGUAUGGCGCGGAGAAACUCAUCGCUGAACUGUUGGUGAAUGACUUUUCAAGAAGGGGUUUGAUCGAUGGGAGAAUCGUUAGACUUCCUACUGUGGUGGUGAGGCCUGGAAAACCAUCCGCUGCAGCAUCAAGUUUCGCAUCAGGCAUCGUGCGUGAGUCGUUACAGGGCAUUACCAACGUUCUCCCCGUGCCGCGAAACAUCAGCAUGUGGAUCUGCAGCCCAGCAACGGUGAUCAAGAACCUGAUUCAUAUCAAAGAUAUACCCGCGGACAAAUUUGGCGAUUCACGUAUUGUGAAUCUGCCAGGAAUUACAGUGUCUGUGCAGGACAUCUUGGAUGCGGUGGAGAAGGUGGGUGGCAAAGAAGCAGUUGGUUACGUCAAGGAUGAGGAAGAUGCGGCAUUGUUUAAGAUUGUCAAGAGCUGGCCUCCGUGGUUUGAUGCGAGUCGGGCCAAGGGUCUUGGGUUGGCUGAGGAUGGGGAGUUGGUUGACGCCGUAAAGGCUUUUCAGGCGAGACUCAAGGCUUAA